CAAGAUGCAGCUCCAGAAAGGCGAGGCGCACUCCUCCUUCCCGUGCUUCGAGAGGACCGGCUGGAACGUUCCUGUGGCGCUCACGCUGCAGAUUCCCAAGGGCCACUCCGCCGUCGCGAAUGCGCCCAUGGACGGACAGCCGAGAGGGACUGGUAGCGUGAGCGCCAGCAAAUUCAAGAAUGUGUUGGCCAUGCCUCCUGACAUGCUUGCCUGGAUGGUCUUCCCAGCCACUGUGAAGUUCGCUGAACUGGUUCCAGACAAGAUGUCCAUUUACCCCAAAACGGAUAACGCGGACCUGAAGGCGUCCGCCAAGGAGACCUUGGAGUUUCUUCCCAAGUAUAUUCAAGCACUCGUGAAAGAUGCGGUCACAAAGAUCGAAACAAUGUUUGCAGAUGUGGUGUUCCCUCAGGCAUCCGAGACACAGGAGGGCCUCGGAUUUGUUGGGCUAGAAGCAAGAAACACGCCCGCAACAAUAUGCGCGAGAACCACCAACCAGUGGACCUACCUCAUCAUGCACCAGCUGACAUGUCCCGCUUGGCUUGGAUUGGCUGGUGUCAGCUACCUGUGCCAGCUGGCGAUAAACGAGCAAAACAAGCAGCUCGCUGCGCUCAUGAAAGACUUCAAGGAACGCAAGAAAGAUACCCCGGCACCUGGCACAUGGGUCAAGCCGGCAGUAGCUAGCUACCAACUGUCGGACGCCGACAUCCAAGGCAUCCAUGAUGGUUUUGUACCUGACGGCACACUGCUGAGAUCCUGGAUUGGGUACUCCCCACUCCUACGCGUGGAUGCCCUAAUGUGUCCAGGAGGGCCCUACCAGGCAUGGAGCCACCUCGUAUAGGUGGCUGGCUACUCCUGCUCGUGAAAAAAAAAAGAAUGAA